GAGGUGUGAUACUGCUGCUGCACUAUAGCAUGCACACACAGCAGCCACAAAUACUGUUCAAGACAUGCUCAAUGGCUCAAUGCUAUGCAACUACUUUGAUUUUGUUUUGUAUAACGUUUGAAAACCAGUAGUUUUAAAUAGUUUUUUUUCUUCAAAUGCCUAAAGGAUUUUAAGGUGUAUUGUUACCUGGAAUGUAAGAAAAGUUAGUUGUAUAAACGUAUACCUCAUAAACAUACAUCUCGUGAAAAGGCCUUAGGGGCAUGUGAUAAGAUGAACAUGAAGGUGCUGUUGAUAUCAGCUCUACUUGGAUUUGCCUCUUACACCAGUGCGAAAACAGACACGAAUGUAUGUGUUUCUGCAAAUGCCAAAGCAUGUGGAGAAUGCAUUCAGAUCGGGCCCCAGUGUGUGUGGUGCACAGAUCCCGACUUCAAACAUUCACGAUGUGAUGAAAAGGAGUCUCUAGAAAAUGCUGGCUGUACUGCACUCAGCAUUGAAAACCCUCGAGGAACGAUCACAACUGACAAGAAUAAACCUGUUACCAACCGUAAAAUUAACCAAACAAAUAAACUGAGGCCUGAUGAGAUCACCCAGAUUCAGCCACAGAAACUCACCCUAAACCUCCGAUCAGGUGAAGCACAGAAGUUCACUCUUACUUUUAAGAGGGCUGAGGAUUAUCCCAUCGAUCUCUACUUUCUGAUGGACCUCAGCGACUCGAUGUUAAGUAAUCUUGAGAAUGUCAAAAAUCUCGGAUCCGAUCUUGCCAAAGAGAUGCAUAACAUCACAUCAGACCUACGGAUAGGGUUUGGCUCAUUCCUGGAGAAACUUGUCAUGCCAUUCAUUCUGAUGACUCCGAAGUAUCUGCAGAACCCAUGUUAUCCAGGUGACUGCACAGCACCUUUUAGCUACAAAAAUGUCUUGAGCCUGACCAAAAGUGGUGAAGAGUUCACAAAAAAGGUCAGCCAGCAGAAGACCUCAGGAAACCUGGACUCUCCGGAGGCAGGAUUUGAUGCAAUCAUGCAAGCUGCCGUCUGCAAGGAAGAGAUUGGCUGGAGGAAUGUGACUCGUCUCCUUGUGUUUUCCACCGAUGCAGGAUUCCACUUUGCUGGAGAUGGAAAACUGGGUGGCAUAGUUCGUCCAAAUGAUGGGAAAUGCCAUCUGGUGAAUAAUACGUACACCAUGAGCCACUACUUUGACUACCCCACAAUCUCUCAGCUGGCAGACACCCUCAGCGAUAACAACAUUCAGACCAUCUUUGCUGUGACAGAGCCUUUCCGGAGUGUUUACGAGGAACUGUCUGCUCUUAUCCCUAAAUCAUUAGUGGGGACACUGUCUACAAACUCUGCCAAUGUUAUCAAGAUCAUCAUUGAUUGUUAUAACUCACUGUCCUCUGAGGUCAUUCUGGAAAACAGCAAGCUGCCUGAAGGCGUGUCCAUCUCCUACACCUCUCACUGCAAGAAUGGGGUGAGCGAAAAAGGAGAAAACGGGCGAAAAUGCUCCAACAUUUCCAUUGGGGAUGAGGUGAAUUUUGAUGUAGAAAUCACAGCUAAAGGAUGUCCGUCUAAUGGGAAGUCAGAGAUGGUAAAGAUCAAACCGCAAGGAAUCAGUGAGGAGGUUGAGAUUGUGCUCAACUUCAUCUGUGAAUGUGUGUGUUACAAAGAUAGAAUCCCAAACUCUCCAGAAUGUUCCAAUGGUCAAGGAACCCUGGAAUGUGGAGUAUGCAGGUGUAAUGAAGGCCGACUGGGCAGAAUUUGCGAGUGCAGCAAAGAUGAGAUCCUCACCGAUGAUCUAGACGCAAACUGCCGCAUGGAUAACAGGACGGAUAUUUGCAGUAAUAAUGGAGAGUGUGUCUGUGGAACAUGUGAUUGUAAGAAAAGAGACAAACCAGAGGAGAGAUACAGCGGCAAGUUUUGCGAGUGUGACAACUUCAGCUGCGACCGCUCCAGCAACAAGCUCUGUGGAGGUCACGGUCGAUGUGAGUGCAAAAAAUGUAUCUGUGAUGCUAAAUACACAGGCAAUGCAUGUGACUGCUCUCUGGACACCUCAACCUGUCUGGCCAGAAACAAACAAAUCUGUAACGGUCGAGGCACCUGUGAGUGUGGCGCGUGUAAGUGUACUGACUCAAAGUUCCAGGGCCAAACCUGUGAAAUCUGCCCAACCUGCCCCAGUAUUUGCACUGAAGUCAAGGACUGUGUGGAAUGCAAAGCAUUUAAUACAGGUAACAAGAAAGAUAAAUGUAAUGAUGACUGCAGCUACUUUACUCCGAAGAAGGUGAAGAAGAAGGAAGAACUUCCUCAGCCAAACGACCAGCUCUACAUCAACGACUGCAAAGAGCGGGACGCUAACGACUGCUGGUUCUUCUUCACCUAUGCUACCAAUGACGGCACUGUUGAGGUUCAUGUAGCAGAGACUCAUGAGUGCCCUUCUGGCCCUAAUAUCAUCCCAAUUGUAGCGGGAGUGGUCGCAGGAAUUGUUCUGAUCGGUUUAGCUCUUCUGCUCAUCUGGAAGCUGCUCAUGAUUAUUCAUGACCGGAGAGAGUUUGCCAAAUUCGAGAAAGAAAAGAUGAAUGCCAGAUGGGACACGGGAGAGAAUCCCAUCUACAAGAGUGCUGUGACAACAGUGGUGAACCCCAAAUAUGAGGGUAAUUGAUGGAUCUCCAGGAUUAAAAAAUCAGACAGUCAGCAUUAACGUCAUCUGACUUAAAUUAAUGUCUUCUAAAGCAAAACUUCAACUUGCAUUAGCUCCAAUAUUUUUCUAUUUUUCUUAAAAUGUGUUCAGAAGAAGAAAGAAAGUCAUAUUCUGGGAUGGCAUGAAUGGUGAAUAAUGAGAGAAUUUUCAGUUUUGGGUGAACUGUCCCUUUAAGAUGAAGACAUUCAUAUCAGUAACCAUAUAAUAGCUGUUUUAUUCAACAUGGAGAGGGUCCACUCAGGGAGGCCCCCAUGUUAAGAUCACAUUACUGACCUGUCACAUGACCAGCCUGUAACCACCCUGUUAUUGGACACUUUCACUCAAGGACUGAAUUAAUUAUGGCUUACAGUGAAUAGUGAAUAUCUACACUGGUAUCUGUAACUGAAAACUGUUGAUUUUGAAUUAUGCUGGGGGUCAGAGUAAGUCCAAGAUGGCAUAAACAAAAACUUUCUCUCUCUCUCUCUCUCUCUCUCUCUUUUUUUUUUUUUUUUGAAAACUUACACCGGUUGUUCAUAUGACAAAAGUGUAGGCUUAGUUAAAAAAAAAAAUAACAUUAAAAAAACAUUUGUGACAGUAUUGAAGUUAUUUGGAAUAAAUGAAAAAAUAUUCAGGUUUAUAUGGCUUUGUUUUUUAUUAAAACAUCAUUUUUUUAUUAUUUUUUUAACUAUAUAUAUAGGCUAUAUGGCUGAAAGGGGGCUCCCCUGCUGCAAAAACAGAAUUCUGUAGGAAAAGCUGCUCUGGGGUGCAUUUUUGCCCCAAAUACCAUAUGGUUUGCUUGGAUGCACAGCCUUUCACAUUAACAAAAAAGAUAUAGGAUGCAUUUUAUUAUUUGUACCAGUAUUUUUCCCCCUCCUGGUAUGAGUCAACCAACCAGUUUAGAAAAGUGCCACUGAGUUUAUGAGCUAAUUUUCCAUUGUUUUGAGGUGUUUUGUUAUAUAUUUUCUAUUUUGAAUGCUUCUAUAUGUAAAUAUUAAACCUCUUUCAUUUCCUGUGCUCUGUCACUGAAACACCAUUACAUCAUAGAUGCCAUUAAAAUCCAUCAAAACGGUUGUAUUUUUUUCUAUACUUUCUUUAAAACCGAAUUAAACUUCAAUGUUGUGUUUU